AUGAGUCGUGUUAUUAGUGCCUAAAUUGUUGGUUCGACGGUCCUCAAAUCUGUUGGUGGUCGGGGCCAAGGCUCAGGCUUCACCGACAUCCUGGAUUCGAAUUUUGGAAUCUUCGGCCUUCGAGGUCCCAACGCUAUGGAUUUGGCUGCAAUCGGCUAUACGCGCUACGGCAGCAAUAUGAUGGAGUACUACACAUGUCACGGAGGUGUCAACCAGCUUGGUGGGGUCUUCGUGAACGGUCGGCCGCUGCCGGACAUGGUGCGUCAGCGCAUAGUCGAGCUCGCGCAUAACGGCGUGCGUCCCUGCGAUAUCUCGCGCCAGCUGCGCGUAUCACAUGGCUGCGUCUCCAAGAUCCUCUCCAGGUUUUACGAGACAGGUUCCAUCAGGCCAGGUGUGAUUGGCGGCUCUAAACCCAAAGUGGCUACUCCAAAUGUCGUAGAUGCAAUUGCUGGAUACAAAAAACAGAACCCUACGAUGUUCGCGUGGGAGAUCAGGGAACGACUUCUAGCCGACAACAUAUGCGACCAAGAGUCGGUUCCUUCAGUGUCUAGCAUUAAUAGAAUCGUGCGCAACAAGGCUGCGGAGAACGCGAAACACAUCAUUCCGGGCACGCACUCGCCGGUCUCGCAAGCCACGUCCGUUAUCAGCCAUGCGACGUCAGCUGUACAUGAGACGUCGCUGCAACGUACAGGAUCCUACAGCAUCAACGGAAUACUGGGCAUCCAGCAGCAACACACUGACCCCAACGGCAAUAUCAAUAAGAGAAAACGUGAAGACAGCGACGAGCACCGGGAGCUAAAUGGACACUCGGAGGAAGAUCUGAAGAGGCAGCGAACUCAAUAUACUACCGAUCCCCUCUACACAAAUAUGCUGUGGUCAAAACAGUGGUCCUCCCUAAAAUCUGACGACAAUUCUAAAGCCAUAUUGCCUGACUUAGGGUCUGCAGUCCCGGGAGCUGUUUCUCCUUAUAGCGCGGUGCAAUCUUUCGUUGACCACAACAGCAGCUUUGUGCCGUCCGUAGCUGUGUCAGGUAGUACGACCGAUGCUCUAUACGACAGCAUGGCGAUGGGUCACCCUACGUCCAACCACGUCUACACACCUCCGCUCCCCACCUCUUUAGGUGGCGUGGCAGGGUUGGCUCCCCUUAGCCCCAUCUCCAUGCAAGAUGUUAAGCCUGUCCUAACCUCACCUCCUCAAUUGGAUUCAGCUGCUUCUGCACACGUGCAUUAUCAGCAAGGCCUCACAAGCGAUGGCAACAAUAAUGCCUUGGCUUCUAAUAACAAUAUGAGGAGUGGCACCUCAACUCCCCCUUUGAGCACUCCUCCUCCCCACACCCCUUACGCUGCACAGUCUGUCUCCCCAAAUCCUAGUUUGCCCCAUCAACUUUCACCAUACGAACAACUUCCUCUCUCACCUCAAGAACAUCAUCAGCACGGCCUUAGCCAACAUCAUCAAAGUAGUCUUCACCAUCAUGGCCAACAUCAUCACUCACAUCAAAAUGUUCACCAUGAUCCCACACCUCACCAUCACCAUCAUCAGCAACAACACCAACAUCAUCACCAUCACCAGUUAUCACCCCCCAUCUGCCACCCGCACGGUCGGUCCGCUCAACAUGACUCGAGGCUGUCCGAAGUCAGCUUAUCUGACUCGGGCUACCUGGGGGUUAGUGUUACUCCCCUGGACCCAUCACACAUUUUGGCCCCUUGCUCGUCCCCACUAAAGGCCGACACACCUUGUUCCUCUUCAUCCUCGAUCCUCACUCUGCUUCAACCCACCUCUACCAACUCCCUGUCACAAGCAUCCCCCACAAACACCUUCAGUUUCGCACAGCCUCCCACCAAUGCGACUUCUCAAGGCUCUAUGGAAGCACCAUUCUCUCCGUUGCCGCACUUCUCAGGUACGGCCAGCGUGGGGGCCUCAAUGACAGACUACAGUGCCUACACCUCACCGUAUACCCAAGCAUACGCCACAGGCUACCCCGCCUACGGUUACGGUUCAAGCGGUCUGCUUAGUAAGUAACCAUAUCGGUAGCUACGCCCGACAAGGUGGCGUCAACCACAGCAGCAGCAACAACAGCAACAUGUCG